AUGAGUGACGCUGAAGGUCCAUGCCAUUCGGAGGUGACGUACAGUACUGAGCUUAAGCCAAUCCUUGAAGAAACAGCAGCCGCAAAGAUCAUCGCAGUAGGGAAGAAAGGACGAGUAAGUGGCCCGCCUACUACAGUGGUGGCAGCGCAACGACCGUGCCCACAACCCCUGCACAUGUCUGGAAACAAAAUAAACACAACGCGCACCAUCGAGAUACCACCCUUCGAUGGUACCGAGUCUGUUAUGGUGUGGCUCAGACGCGCGAAGUUCUAUUUACAGGAGAUCUCAGAGGCCGACAGGCCCUGGACGCUACUCAAGGCCCUUGCGCCUAAACAGUUAGAUAAAGCGCUCGACGCUGGCCUUGACGCCGAUCUACCCUUUGACGCGCUUUGCCAACGCCUGGCUAACUUGUUCAGCCAAACGUACUCCUUCGGCGACGCGAUGGAACAGUUGCAGGAACGGCGAUUGAAACAGGACGAAACCCUGAGCCAGCUGGUGCAGGAUCUUGAACGCCUGACAACUGUGGCUUUUCCUUCAUUAGGAUCUGAGGAUAAGGAUGACAUUGUGCUUCAUUAUUUAAUUAAAGCCCUACCGUCCUCCGAACUGUCACGGUCACGUGUACUUCAACGGCCUGGUGAUUUGCGAGAUGCAAUACACAGAGCAGAACGUUAUAUCAUGAUGGACAGCGCCACUCAGGGCCACCCAAAGCACUCAUAUCGACACCAUUGGCGUCGACCUGACUUAGCCUAG